GACAUGGAGCAGACGCAGCGGAACCUGGAUGCAGAGCAGAUGCAGCAGCAGCAGCUGAAACUACGGGACAGGCAGAGGUUCUUUGAGGAGGUUUUCCAGCACGACGUGGAUUUCUUCUUCCCUAUGUCUCACCUGCAGAUAGAGCAUCGCAGACCCCCCCUAGGCAGUAUUUCCUCCAUGGAGGUGAACGUGGACAUGCUGGAGCAGAUGGACAUGAUGGACCUGUCAGACCAGGACACCGUGGACGUGUUUCUGGGCUGUGAGACAGAGGAGAGCGGCAUUGCUGGGCCCCUGCCAGGAGCAGACGCCGGCCAGUGCCCAGAGGAAAUCACCCUGCAAGUGCCCAGCGCGGCCGAGAGCAAGUCCCGCAUCUCCUCCACCUCCUCCGUCUCCACGGACCUGAACAGCCUGGACACCAGCGAGGAGGGGGCAGAGACCCCCGUGGUGCAGUCGGAUGAGGAGGACCUGCAGGAGGACAGUCCCAAAGAGCAGGAGGCCAGAAGCUAGCGGCCAGCUCUGCCCUGCUCCCAGCCUCCUCCGUAAGGACCUGCCAGCCCGGAGGAAGGAAAGCUGUUGGUAUUCAGUAAACCCCAUCCUGGACUGCUGCCCUGCUGGAGGGGAGAGAUGGACUUCCCCUCCUCUCCCUCUGCAGGUUCUCCUGGCAGCCAAAGGAGAAGGAGAGGGGUAUUGUAGGCUCCCAAAAUUAACUCUUCAGCCUUUGCUGCUAACACUCCCUGCUUCACUCCCCCAAAACACUCAGCAUCCCACAGCCCCACCACUCCCAGAGAGCCACCCCUUGGGAUCCCAGCUCACCCCAUCCUACUGACAAAGGUCCCGUCCAGACAAGCAUCUAACGACAGCAUCCAGCAAAAUAACACUCCCAUCUAA